AAGAAAUAUUAACGUUUUGGAGUAUGGAGCUUCAGAGGAGGGUUUGAGUCAGCAAACAUGAACGAAGUGGAACAACUAUGCGAGGCGGCCAAGAACGGUGACACGGAGAAAGUGAGGGCUCUGAUAGAGUCCGGCGCCGACGUCACCCAUUUCGACGGCGAAGGCCUUAAUCCUCUGAUGCACGCUGCAAAACAAGGCCAUGCACCCGUCAUCAACAUCCUCCUCUCCGCAGGCGCUCCCUGGAAUGCUCUUUCUCCGUCCAACCUCUCCGCCGGUGACUUUGCUAUGCAAGAAGGUCACGAUGAGGCCUUCGAGCUCCUCCUCAAUACCGGGAUUCAAGCUGAAUUAAUACUGGGCACAAUUGCAAGGAAAGAAAAUAAAAAUUCCAAUUCCGAUCAUGAUUAUUUGGAAGAUAGGGUUACUUUUAGUGAAGAUAAACUUAUGGACUCUGAUAGCAAAGCUGUGAUGAUGGCUUGGGAGAAGCCAUUGAUGGAGGCUCAUGCUAAAGCUGUUUGUUCAGGAGGUGGUCACAUACUCAAUAUUGGAUUUGGAAUGGGUCUAGUGGACACAGCCAUUCAGCAGUAUGCACCUGCCACACACACCAUUGUUGAGGCUCAUCCAGAGGUUUAUGAACGCAUGCUUAGCACAGGUUGGGGUCAGAAGGAAAAUGUUAAGUUAAUUUUUGGCCGCUGGCAAGAUGUUCUGUCUCAGCUUGAAACAUAUGAUGGAAUAUUCUUCGACACUUACGGGGAGUACUAUGAAGACCUGAGAGAGUUCCACCAACAUCUCCCAGCACUGUUGAAGCCGGGUGGAAUCUACUCAUUCUUUAAUGGCCUUUGUGGCGGUAAUGCAUUUUUCCAUGUUGUUUACUGCCAUUUGGUAUCUCUUGAGCUUGAGAAUUUGGGGUAUUCCACACAAUUAAUUCCAUUGCCUGUCAAGGAUUGUUUGGGAGAACAGGUUUGGGAAGGUGUGAAACACAGAUAUUGGCAGCUUGAUACGUACUACCUCCCUGUCUGUCAGUCUGUAGAGGACUCUGAGUGAUGUUUAGCUUUUGAUUUUGAUCACAUCUUAAAAAAUGAGUCUAGCACAUGAUGUGUUAGUUGCUUGUGUAACGUAGUAAAUGGUAUUGUAAGGAAUAAGAAUACUGUUAGUGUCCAAUUGAAAUCUUGAGCUUUAUUUGGAAAUUUG